AUGCUCCGCCCGACGACGACCUACCGCACGACGACGAUGCUGGCCCGCGGCUAUAGCGCGGCUGCCGGCAAGAUUGGCGUCAUUGGCCUUGGCCAGAUGGGCGGCCACAUGGCCCGCAACCUCGCCGCCGCCGGCAACCACCUCGUGGUCUUUGACGUCGUCGACGCCAACGUGCAGGCGGCCAAGGCGCACGGCAAGGUCGAGGCGGCCGCGACGCCGCGCGAUGUCGCCAAGCAGUGCCACACGAUCGUGACCAUGCUGCCGUCGACGCCGCACGUGUCGGACGUCUACCUUGGCCCGCAUGGCCUCAUCCACGAGCUCACGAAAGAUCACCUUCUGAUUGACUCGAGCACGAUCGACCCAACGUUCACCAAGACGCUGUCGGCGACCAUCUCGGAGACGGGCGCGCUCAUCAUCGACGCGCCGGUCUCGGGCGGCGUCAACGGCGCCAAGAACGCCACCUUGACCUUCAUGGUCGGCGGGUCGAAACCCGCGUUUGACAAGGCGCAGACGGUCCUCAAGCAAAUGGGCAAGAACAUCGUGCACUGCGGUGGCCCCUCGACGGGCCAGGCCGCCAAGAUCUGCAACAACCUGGCGCUGGCGAUCCAGAUGACGUCGGUGGCCGAGGCCCUUACGCUCGGUGAGAAGCUCGGCCUCGACCCCAAGGUCCUCUCGAGCAUCAUGAACACGUCGACGUCGCAGUGCUGGUCGACGACCGCCAACAACCCGUACCCGGGUGUCAUGGAGGGCGUGCCGUCGAGCAACGACUACAACGGCGGGUUCGCAUCCGUGCUCAUGCGCAAGGACCUCGGCCUCGCGAUUGACGCGGCCAAGAGCGUCGAGGCGUCGAUUCCGCUCACGUCGAGCGUGCACCAGUUUUACAACAUGAUUGUCAACCAGGGCAACGGCAAGAAGGACUUUGGCUACAUUCUCAAGUUUCUGCAAGGCAAAGCCUAA